GGCACCGAACCAGCUCCCGGGGCUGCACCAGUGGUGGGCGAGCGGCAAGCGGGCUUCCGCGAGCCCGAGGCGACGCAGGCCUGUCCCGGGUCCCCGCAGGUCAGUGUGAAGGUCUCCGUAUUUGUUCCCGUACUCUGCGAGGCCUGAGGAGGAGGAGCAACCUGUUCAGAAUCUCUGCAGGACAGUAAAAAGAGGGAAAAACUCAACAUGGAGAAACCCUACAGUAAACAUGAAGGGAAACUGGAAAACGAGGGAAAGCCAGAAGAGGAUGUAGAGCCUGAAGAUGAAGCAAAAUCAGACGAGGAAGAAAAGCCGGACGUGGAAGAGAAGCCAGAAUGUGAGGGAAAGCUAGAGGAUGAGGGAGAGCCAGAUGAGGAGGGACAAGAAGAUGAGGGAAAGCAGGGAAAGUCUGAAGGUGAGGGCAAACCACAAGGUGAGGGCAAGACAGAAUCCCAGGCAAAGCCAGAGAGCCAGGCACGGGCCGCUGAAAAGCGUCCAGCUGAAGAUUAUGUGCCCCGGAAAGCAAAAAGAAAAACGGACAGGGGGAGGACUGACGACUCUCCCAAGGACUCUCGGGAGGACUUACAGGAAAGGCAUUUGAGCAGUGAGGAGAUGAUGAGAGAAUGUGGAGAUGUUUCAAGGGCCCAGGAGGAGCUAAGGAAAAAGCAGAAAAUGGGUGGUUUUCAUUGGAUGCAGAGAGAUGUACAGGAUUCAUGCGCCCCAAGGGGCCAGCGGGGUGUCAGGGGAGUGAGGGGUGGAGGUAGGGGCCAAAGGGGAUUACAUGAUAUUCCAUAUCUUUAAUGCCUUUCGCCUUCAAUUCUGAGUUCUCUGAUGAGAAUACUGCCGGCCCUGCUUUCCUUGGUAGAUAUUUGCCAGGUCCUGUGCUUUAUCUUUAAGCUGAUAAUUUGCUUUAGCUGUCACUCUCCUUACCAGCAGCCUUUUGAUCAAAUUACAGCGCUCUUUUAGUAUCGAAUUUUCAUUCAUGUGCAUGGAAGAAGUGUACAUUGUA